UGAAUAUUAAAAGUCGCGUUAUAUAAAAAUUUGACUCUUCAGGAAUUUCGAUAAUCAACAUUUAUUUGGGAGAAAACAUGUGGUAUUUAUUAGGUGUUUUGUUAAGUUUUGCAUUUUUGCAAAACUCCGUUUUGUCUCGGAAACUUGAUCAACGAACUGAUGCGGGCUUCCCGUAUAUCUGCAGCAAUCGCAAUGGUGUCACUAUACYCAUGCCGGGUUCCUGUACAGGUUUCUUUAUUUGCGUCGAUGGGAAUGCUAUAGCCAGCUCGUGUGGCAGCUUUUAUCAUUUCAAUACACAAACCGGACUAUGUGAUCAUCCGUUAAAAGCUAAUUGUCAAGUUGAUUUGUCACAAAUCAAAAAUAUUACAUCCACAACGAAUGAAAAGAAACAAGGUACUCGUUCAUCUUUACCUAAACCGAAAACACCUGCCGAAGUUGUUGCGGAUCUGAGUAUCGGUUCGAUUUGCAAAAACUUGCCGACCGGUACGCUGUUACCAAAACCAGAUUCUUGCUCACAAUACUACGUGUGUAUAUUGGGCAGGCCCUAUCGUCGUACCUGUCCCCCAAUGCUUCAUUUUAACGCAACAAGAGAAUUAUGUCAAGACCCCACAAUGGCCAAAUGCAGUAUACAAUCGAAAAAAUCAACUAAGAAGGAAAUCGAACUAAUUAAUACAGUAGCAACUAAUUCAAAAAAAUACGACAUAGCUAAUUUAGAUAAUCUAGGCAAUACCGAUAGUACGAAAAUUGACACCAUAUGCAUAAUGAGCCCAAACGGUACUUUGUUCCCUUUCCAAUAUGACUGUAACCGCUUUAUUUUCUGUAUGAAUCACCAAGCUUUGGUGUUGAUAUGUCCGGAGGGACAUCAUUUCAGUGUAAGAAAUGGGCGUUGCGAAUGGCCCUCCAUUGCGAAAUGCCAAUCACACGAUUGGUGAAGAAUAUAUUGUGUUAUCUAGGUCGGAGCGUUUAAACUACUAUUUGCCAUUAUCAUUAUGUUAUCGAAAUAGCCAUGUAUUAUGAAAAUGAACAUUUUAUGAAAAAUUUAAAUUAAUGUAAUCAUAAGCUGCUAGAAUAACGCGACCGAGGAGCAUUUUCCCAGAUUCUACCUACCAGAGACACUACGUAUUACGUAGCAUUACUUAAAAUAGUUUAUACUUGAACAUUACGUAAUAUAUUCGAAAAGCUUCAGUAAUAUUGGGAA